AUGUCGUACACCGAUCUCCCGUUUAGUUUGCUUUCUGAAAUAAGAGCUGAUAAUUUUUUGGAGGGUGUUCGCGUUUUGCCCGUUGAUAUCAUGUUUGCUCAUGACAUAGUGAAAAUGAUAUUAGCUCUCGUAAGGAGAGCUGACUUAAGGGACAUGAUCCUGGAAGUCGGUGAGUUGUGGCCGAAGAACCUAGCACCCGAUGACCAAAAGACUGUGAUACUGAAGGCUUGGCUGAGGAAGAUCAAGAUUCCUCUUGAUUUAUACUUUAUGUUCGCAAUGAUGAACCUGGGCCUCUUCGAGUUAAUACCAUUCCUCAUAUCAUGCUUCUACCUACUGAAGGGAGACAAGGUUUACCUGUUUCCCUUCCAAUUGCCCAAGUUCUGGGAAGUCGACUCCAUCAUCACUUACCUACUCACCUAUGUUUGGGAGGUGGUUGGCACGGUGCCGUGCCAGAUGUGUCUAUACCUGCCUUUUGACUUAAUAAUCGUAAUAAUGACAUCCAAUGUAAGCGCACUCCUGCGACUGUUACAAGUGGACUUGAAAAACGCCAUCAAAUUGCGUGACGAACAACAUAAAACUAAGAGUCAUUUAAAUGUUUCUGACACUCAGAGUUAUGAGGAAUUGAAACGAAUUAUUGAAAUACAUCAACGAUUGUUAAGGAUAGCGGACCAACUGUCGAGUAUUUUCGGCUUGGUAAUAUUCAUUCACGUUGCGUGCGCUGCUCUUGAAAUCUGCUUCUUUGGGUUUCUGACCAUGGUAUAUGGCGGUCUAGCUGAAACGAUUGCUAAUAUGCUGACGGUUCUCAACGCAGUUUUCACUAUUUUCCUCUUGUCACUCUCUGGUCAAUUCUUGUGUGAUACGAGUUCAGAAGUAGCAGAUGCAGCCUAUGAAAGUUAUUGGUACGAAAGUGAUCAUAAAGUGAAGAAGCUAACACUGUCGAUCAUUAUCAGAGCUCAGCGGCCUAGCUAUUUAUCAGCCCUUGGAUUUUCUCAAUUGACACUCAAAUCAUUUUCUAAGAUUAUGAGCUCAGCUUGGACCUACUUUUCGUUACUGAUUCAAAUGUAUGAAGAGACCUAAGUCGUAAAGGAUGGGACAUACAUUCUUAUUUCUCAGUCAACAAUACCACACUUGAUUAUGAGCAACGAACGAUAUUCUACGAACUGCGUUUUUUUUUUAAGUUAUACACAUUAUCCGCCUUUUUAUUGUCCCUCUCUAUGGGAUUACCUCUUCUCAUAGAGAAGGAAUGAGCGUUAAUGACUAUGCGUAGGUACUCAAGGAUUGGCGGUUUUUUCACGAUGUUUUCCUUGACCCUUUAUUCAGACACUGGUGUCCAAGAUAUACUUAGUAAAGUUACAUUAGUGGCACACUCAUACUCGAGGGGCUGGUGCUUUACUAGCCCACCACAACUUCAAGUUACACACAGCACUAGUAAAUUGUAGGGAACUGUUCAAUUUAUUAUGCACUGGCAAGGAUAUUCACUAACUUGUCGAUUUUUAUAUACUCACGUUUAAAAUAUUUUAUUUUGUUAAUAAAGCAAAUAUUGUACAAA